GGAACAUUGCAUCCCCGUUGGCUCCCCUCCCGCAUUGAUAAGCGAAUCCCAGGUCCCCGGCGUCAAGUCCUGAUAUCCACUCCUUUAAAGUCCACUCCUCCAACUGCCAGACCACAAAAGCCCGGGCAUUCUCGCGUUCCCGCUCACCCUUCUGCUGCAACCUGAGAUUUGCAACUUGCAGCGCCGAAGUAUGGGCUCUGCUCCCGUUCCUGCUGGCGUGCCGCCCAGCGGCCUAAGCAGCGACGUCCUCCUGGUCAUCGUGCCGUUUCCGCGCGACGAAAAAUGGACCGCCCACCUCCAAGCGCGGCACCCGGGGCUUCAAGUCCGAUGGGUCACUCGACAGUUCAUGUCCCCGCCGGCGCCGCUACCGGAGGAAACGCUCGACGGCGUCUCCCUCCUCUUGACUGUCUGGCCGCCCCCUAUGGAACCUCUGCCAAAGGUUCGCUUUGUCCAGCUGGUCUCUGCCGGCGCCGACAGGUGGAUCACGCACGAGCUGUACCAGAAGCCAGACGUGAUCUUCUGCACCAUGAACGGAGUCCAUGCGCCCCAGAUCGCCGAGUGGGUCAUUGGCUCCUGGUUGAUGAUGCGCCACCACUUCCUCGACUACGCGGAACAGCAAAAGCGGGAGAAGUUCGCGCGUCUGAACGAUGUCACCGCGGAGGACUCACCCGGUCUCCGCAUGGGCGUGCUCGGCUACGGGGCUAUUGGACGGCAGUGCGCCCGGCUAGCCCAAGCCUUGGGGAUGGAAGUCUACGCUUACACGCGUAGCGAGAAGUCGACGCCUGAAUCUCGCAAGGACGACAGCUACUGCGUCCCGGGCACAGGCGAUCCCGACGGCGUAAUCCCGGCCAGAUGGUUCCACGGCGAGUCGAGAGAAGCCGUCAACGAAUUCCUCGCCCAGGACCUCGACAUCCUGGUGCUGAGCCUUCCCCUGACCGAGUCCACGGAAUACAUUCUCGGCCGGGAGCAGUUCGAGAUCCUGUCCAAGAGGAAGACGUUCGUUUCAAACAUUGCACGCGGCAAGCACAUCGACUCAGAUGCCCUCCUCGACGCCCUGCGGGAGGGCAAGAUCAGGGGCGCGGCGCUGGACGUGACCGAUCCCGAGCCGUUGCCGGACAACCACCCGCUCUUUACGGCGCCCAAUGUGUUCAUCACUCCCCACGUCAGUUGGCAGACGCCGCAGCUCUUUGCUCGCAUCCAGGCCGUCGUCGAGAAAAAUCUCGAGAACCUGAGCGAGGGAAAGCCCCUGAUCAAUGUCAUAAACCGGCAGCACCAUUAUUGAGAAAUAUCCGCUGGAGAACAGAUCCGCCUUGGCCUCCGCAACUGCUGCAUCAAGAUCAAUGCCCCAGCAGACUGCCUGGCGCCCCUGGAUAUCCUUCCUCAUCGCCUCGAAGUGC